GCCGUCCGCCAUGUUUGUUUUUACCCCCGUUCAUUACCGUGUUGGUGCUGGUGCCUGGACGCUCCGCGGACCUCCAGGAUGGGGACGCAGGUGUGCAGGGCCUCGCUGAGCCAGAUGAAGAGACUGUUUCUGGUCCCGGCGCUCCGAGUCUCGUGCACGCGCUCGCACCACCACAUCCUCCAGCAGAGCAGAAGUCCUGGGAGCAGCCAUGACAGCUGGAGGUCCAGCCUGCACCUAGCCCAGACCAGGGGGAAGGCCAGCCCGGCCCAGACCAGAGAGCUGACUGAAUCUGCGUACGAGAAGCUGGCCGACCAGACCCUGGACGCCAUGGCCGAGUUCUUUGAAGACCUGACGGAUGAAGCGUUCACCGGCGCCGACUACGACGUCGUCUUCUCCAGUGGCGUUUUGACAGUGAAGGUGGGCGGAGACCACGGCACCUACGUCGUUAACAAACAGACCCCCAACAAACAGAUAUGGCUUUCUUCUCCAACCAGUGGGCCGAAACGCUACGACUGGACGGGGGAGCGCUGGGUGUACAUGCACGAUGGGAGGAGCCUGCACCACCUGCUGUCGGAGGAGUUCUCCACCAUCUUCAACAGGGACAUUAAUCUUCAUCAACUUAUUCAUUCCUGAACCCCCUCCUCGUGACUGCUGACCUGCUGUGGAGUACAGGAAACUCCCAGGAAAACUCCCAGGAAAACUCCCAGGGGAAGUCUCCACUGCUGAACAAGUAGCUUUAAGAGUUUUCACGUGUGCGCCCUCCAAGAGAAAAGGGAGCAAAUGUGUCUGUAAAUGUUAUUCCUUUUUCCGAGCCACUCUUUAUUCUGUCAACCAGCUUCAUGUGGUCGUCACCUGGAAUAGUUUUAUUCGUCACAUACUAUUUGGAUCUGUGAGAUUUCCACACCUGUUAGCUGCCGUCAGACGGCUGAUAUCUCAAAGAUCAAAUCUUGCACUUCCUCCGAGCCUUUCCUUCAAGCUUCCCCUGAAGCCACUACACGGUUGUUUAGUCCCGUGAUCUUCAGUUGAGACCUGUCACACUCGGAUACAAGUAUUUUAACAGAAGUGGAACCACCGGUGCACCGAUGGCAGUUUCCUACAGAGAGACCUCAUUGGAGCACUUCCUGCCCACUUUCGUUUGUUUGAAAUAUGCGUACUAUGUUUGGCCACUUGAAUGAAUCGUUGUCCUAUAUGAUAUCAAGCUGCAGCCGGUUUAUUUAGCAGAAUCUGCAGAGCACGUGACAAUUCAUAAAGCGAGAGUACUUUUAAUUUCGUUGUACCUAAUGACAAUAAAGAUCUAUUGUAUUCUA